ACUACUACGGACCUCUGAGAAACCAUGCGGAAGUGUGCGGGUUGAAUCGUCCCACUUGUUUGUUUCAACCCCCUAGAUAUUAAACCCCAUUCGGCAAAUAUUGAAGAUGUGUUCAUAUGUUUGAGAAAAUUUGGCAAAAUUUAUAUUCUACUGAUAAAAUGUAAUUCCUAUGUAUACUUGUAGGAAGUUAUUGAGCACACAAAACAAAAAAGAGUAUUUUUACACAAAAAAUAAUAAUAAAUGUCUGAAAAUAUAAACAUUCUUGAUUUUUUAAAUUUUGAAAUUGUGUUCACAGGGAUGAUUCACUGUGGUUUUGGACCAUCUCAUCUCAGAAAUUUUUUGAUGGAAUGCAAUCUCCCCCCUAUGAGUGAAACAACCAUUCAAAAGAUACAGAAGAAAAUUGGCCAAACAAUAAUUGAUUGUGCUGUUCAAUCCUGUAAAGAGGCAAGACAGGAGGAAAUUGAUUUAUCCCCAGAGAAGGUGCAAGUCAGCUUUGACGCCGGUUGGCAAAAGAGAGGAUCUGGCUUUAACUAUAAUAGCAAUACAGGCCAUGCAAGCUUGAUAGGGAAAAAAACUGGCAAAGUUCUUGCAGUGAACAUCAGGAGCAAAGUCUGCAAAAUUUGUGACACUUUUACAGUUCAGCACCCAAAUGAAACAGUUCCUUACCAUGACUGCUCCAGAAAUUGGUCUGGUAGCAGUACGGCCAUGGAGGUUGAUAUGGCGCUGAAUUUGCUUGGAGAGAUGGAAAAAGAGGGAUGUCAUGUGGAUAUUUUUCAUGCCGAUAAUGACUCCUCAACAUCUGGAAUGCUGAAGUCAGAAUUUCCCAACACAGUGAAAAUGGAUGACCAAAAUCAUGUAAAAAAAGGCUUUACAAAACAACUUUAUGAACUUGGAAAAAGAUACAAAGAAUUAAAACAAGCUGAGGUUAUCCCUUAUAUUCAGCGUUGUUUUGUAUACGCCAUCCAAAGUAAUGCUGGAAAUUCAACCAAAAUUCAUGAAGAUCUUGAUCGAAUUGUGCCCCAUAUAUUUGGAGAUCAUAAUAAGUGUAGAACUGCACAGUGGUGUACCUAUAAUGAAAACCCCUCAUCUUUCAGGUACAAAAGUCUUCCAGGUGGCAGACCUCUCCAAAGUGAAGAUCUGAAGAAGGAAUUAGAGGACCUUGUCUCAAAAUAUAAAAACAGGGCAGAAAACCUUUCACAACUAGGGUCAACACAAGCUAAUGAAAGCUUUAAUAAUCUUGUAGCAACUAAAGCCCCCAAGUCAAGGUAUUCAUUUUUUAUUUGGUUGAAAAAAUUCAUCCUCAACCAAAGAAAUAUUAAAAUAAUAAAAAUGAAAAAAAGUCAUAAUAAAAAGUUAUGCUAUAAACACCUCAUAUUGAAAAACGAUAAAUUAUAUUAUUUAUUAUUUUAUAAUUUAUAAGCUUUUAGAACUAGACCUGCAAGUUAAGCCAUUCUCCUUAUAAAUUCUUCAUAAUUUAAAAUUUAACAGAAACUAUGGAGGAUCCAAAUCAUUAGAACAAAGAUUAUCAGCAGCUCUGUUACAAAAGAAUGAAGGAUACAGUUAUUUAACAAAGGUAUGCAAAAUUGAAAAUACAUAUGUACCACAGUAUACAUAAUCCUAAUUUAAUUGAUUGUUUGUCGUUUAACGUCCCUCUCAAGAAUUUUUAAACCAUAUGGAUAUGCCACCACUUGCCGGUGGCAUGCUGCAAAUCUUUUCCUAUACUCAGCUUUCAAGGCCAUUGAGCAGGAAGGGAUUUUUUUUAUGCCAGUACCCACUGUGAAACUGGACUUGGGCUUAUUCAAAGGACCGGUCUUCACUUCUCCCAGUGAGAUCUUAAUUUGAAAGAAUAAUAAGUAGAAUUUCUUAACAUUUUCUAGUAUAUGUGAUUUUUUUUAAAGAGGCCCAUUGGGCAUUAUUGCUCACCUGAGCACCUUUGGGUAUGAUGCUUUUCUUUACCAGAUUACCCUUUUGCAAUACCUACUAUGGCCCCGCCCUUCCCCAGGGGUAUUAUGUGGAUAAUGUAGAUUUCGCACUUCCCCAGGCUGCUUCAACAUAAGUUUCAUCUUCUCUAGCCCAGUGGUUCUUGAGAAGAAGAUUCUUUAAUGACCCCAC